AUUAAAGUUGUAAAAUAAAGGUCAAAGCACAAUCUGGCCAACACAACCUCACAAAAACAACGUUUGUUUACGCGCUUUACAACGUUUAUAAACUUUAUCACAAAUAAUCAUGGCUCGUAACGCUGAAAAGGCGAUGACAACGUUGGCUCGUUGGCGAGCAGCACAAGUCGGUGAAAUCGACAAACACAAGAAACGCCGCCCAUACCUCGCUUCCGAAUGCAAGUCACUCUACGCUUGCGAGAAAUGGCGCAUGCAAAUCAUCCGCGAGAUUGCCAAAAAAGUCGCACAAAUCCAAAACGCCGGUCUCGGCGAAUUCCGCAUCCGCGAUCUCAACGACGAAAUCAACAAACUCCUCCGCGAGAAACGCCACUGGGAGUCCCAAAUCAAAGAACUCGGCGGUCCCGAUUACUCCAAAAUCGGUCCCCGAAUGUUGGACCAUGAAGGCAAAGAAGUUCCAGGCAACCGGGGCUACAAAUACUUCGGUGCUGCCAAGGAACUACCUGGCGUGCGCGAGCUGUUUGAGCAGGAACCGCCGCCGCCUCCGCGCAAAACGCGCGCCGAGAUGAUGAAGGACAUCGACGCCGACUACUACGGCUACAUGGACGACGAUGACGGUAUUAUUAUUCCUCUGGAGAUGGCUGCUGAAAAAGAAGCGAUACAAAGGAGUAUAGCUGAAUACAAAGCGAAGAAAGAAGAAAAACUCGGUAAAGAAACAACAUCCGAUCCGGAGGAUGAAGAAGAAAAUAUCUACGCAGUACAAUCAGAUGACGAAGAUGAUAAUAAGAAAGAUACCGGUGAUGGCGCGCAGAGAUACACUGCGCAUGUGCCGGUUCCAUCGCAACAAGAUGUCGAAGCUGCGUUACUCCGUCGUAGAAAACAAGAACUCAUGGAAAAAUACGGUAUUACACCGAUGGAAACUUAAACUUAAACUAAGAUAACUAGUAAGAUUACAACAUGCGCAAAUAAAUUAAUUUUUUAUCGAUAAAAUAAAAUACCUUGAGAGUAAA